ACUGUUGAUUAAACAUUUAAAUUGUUUCGUUUCCAAUUAAAUAUUGAUUUCUCUUCACAAUCAUCAUCAUCUUCAUUUCCACCUCAACACCUUAACCAUCAUCAUCAUCUUCAUCUUCAUCAUUUUCCAUUUGUAUUUAGUUAAAUCAAAUUUAACCUUUUUAUAUUUUUCUCUUUCUCUCUUUCCAUUGUUACCCUAGAGACUUUUGUUUUUAUUUAUUUACCUUUUGGUGUUUUAAACUGAAUUUUAGUUUCCAUUAUUUUUGUUAAUUGUUUUAAUUGUUGGUUGAAUCAAAAUGCGUGAAAUUAUUCAAAUUCAAACUGGACAAUGUGGUAAUCAAAUUGGUUCCAAAUUUUGGCAAACCAUCGCCGAUGAACAUGGUAUUGAUGGUCAGGGAAGAUGUACCAACGCUAAUGAUUCAAAUCGAGCCUCUAAAUUGGAUAAGAUUAACGUUUAUUUCAAUGAAGCUGGAGCCGGUGUUUAUGUUCCCCGAUCUAUUUUGGUUGAUUUGGAGCCUGGAACUAUGGAAGCGGUUCGAUCUGGACCUUUAGGUGGUAUAUUUAGACCGGAUAAUUUUAUCAAUGGUCAAUCGGGAGCGGGUAACAAUUGGGCUAAAGGUUAUUAUACCGAAGGAGCUGAAUUGGUUGAUUCGGUUUUGGAUGUGCUCCGUCGUGAGGCUGAAAGAUGUGAUUGUCUUCAAGGUUUCCAAUUGUGCCACUCAUUGGGAGGUGGUACUGGUUCCGGUAUGGGUACUCUGAUUAUCUCAAAAAUUCGUGAAGAAUAUCCUGAUCGUAUAAUGACCACUUUUUCCGUUUUCCCAUCACCCAAAGUAUCUAAUACCGUUGUUGAACCUUACAAUGCGACCUUAUCAGUCCAUCAACUGUUAGAAUCAACCGAUAUGACCUUUGUCAUUGACAAUGAAGCUCUUUAUGAUAUUUGUUAUCGUUCAUUGAAACUCUCAGAACCAACAUACGGUGAUCUUAAUCAAUUGGUUUCUUACACCAUGUCCGGUGUGACAACUUGCCUUCGUUUCCCUGGACAAUUAAACGCUGACCUAAGGAAAUUAGCGGUUAACAUGGUUCCAUUUCCAAGGUUACAUUUCUUUGUCUCUAGUUUUUCCCCGAUCAUGUCAAGAGCUUCAAGAAAUUUUUCUUCCCUUUCCGUUCAUGAAUUGUCUCAACAAAUGAUCGAUUCAAAGAACAUGAUGGCCGCAUGUGAUGCACGUCAUGGUCGAUAUUUGGCUGUUGCAGCCAUUUUCCGUGGUAAAAUGUCCACCAAAGAGGUUGAAGAUGAAAUGACUGCCAUGCAGAGUAAAAACUCGGCUCAAUUUGUCGAAUGGAUUCCGAAUAAUGUGAAAACUGCUGUUUGUGAUAUUCCACCCAAAGAUCUUCCGAUGUCGGCAACGUUCAUUGGUAACACCACCGCCACUCAAGAGGUUUUCAAACGGCUUCAGGAACAAUUUUUCUCCAUGUUCCGUCGUAAGGCUUUUCUUCAUUGGUACACUGGCGAGGGUAUGGAUGAGAUGGAAUUUUCUGAAGCUCAGUCCAACAUGUCAGAUCUUAUCGCUGAAUAUCAACAAUACCAAGAGGUUGGAACUAAUGAUGAAGAUGAGGAUGGUCGAGAAGAAGAUGCUGAUUAUAAUUAAAUUUAAAAGGGAAAAUUUGCUGAAAGAAAAAAUUCUCUGGACUCUGAAAGAAAAGAAAAAAAGACCAACCUUUGAUUGUUAUCAUUUUAAUUUCCAUUUCCAUUUUCCUUUGAAUGUUUUAUUUUCUCAUUUACAUUAUCGUAAAACUUAUUUUUUUAUCCAAAAGAAAAUAUCUAAUUCUCCCAUCGAUGAUUGUUUUUAUUUCCACAUUUUAAUACAUUUUAAACAAUUAAAAUGAAUACAAUGUCUCCAAUUGAGUUUAA